AUGCCUGCAUCUCGCAUAAAAUGGGACGACUGGAAGGACAAGGUGAUGCUAAUGGCAGUGUUCGAGCAAAUGAACAUGACCUCUCCCGACUUCAAACGCCUCUCCAAAGUGAUGUGUGGAGAUUACAGUGCGGACGCUCUGAAGUGCUGCCGAACCUACAGAAACCGCUUCAAGACGCUCAACAAAGAAGCUGCAGCUAUCUUGCGUGAUCGCCAGCGCCAUACCGGAUCUCGAGAAAUGUCAGCUGAGACACUUCACAUGAUGUCCGGAGCUGUGAACGGUCCAGACGAUAACGAUGUCCUCGUGGUCCGAGAAGUUGCGUUGCGAAGCGAGCUUACGCCCCCUCCAAGCGAGCCAUCCCCGAGUAUGCAAUCGAGACGCUGUCCUCCGCAGACACAGAGAGUUAUGCCGGAAGUUAUCACGCCAAAUUCUCAUUCUUCCAGCAUAGGUCGCCACGCCCAGAGCAACGGCGUACAGUAUCAGCAGCACUCGAGUUUGAACUACGAUCAAAAUGUGCACCCUGCACGCCGUCCCCAGUGCUCCCACGAUACAACCUCCCCAGCUCGGCCGUACAAUCAUCCUCGUAACUCUCCUCAAAUAACGUCAGGCGGACGUGAUUUUCCUCGCAGACAGCAAGAUCGGAGCUGGGAUCAGAGCCACAGGACCAAGAAUACUGGUGGAAGGCCUUUCAAGCCGCGAAAUCAGAACAACCGUCAUCGCAAUAUGCCCCAGAUGACCCGAGUCGAAAUAAAUCAUGGACCUGUACAUACCAGAUUCUAA